AUGCAUCGAGUGCUCAAUGUUGCUGAAAAGAAUGAUGCAGCUAAAUCCUUAGCUCGUCUUCUUUCCAAAAAUUCGGCAUCAAUGCGUGAGGGUUUUUCAAAAUUUAAUAAAAUUUAUGAAUUUAAUUAUCAGCUAUUCAACCAGCCGGUGCAAAUGACUUUUACAUCUGUAUCCGGUCAUAUCAUGAAUUGUGAUUUUACUUCAGCCCAUAACAGUUGGGCACAAGUGGAUCCCGUUGUACUAUUCGAUGCUCCUAUUCAGAAGAAAGUUACCGACCGUGCUACAGAUAUUGAAAAAACGUUGAAACGGGAAGUAGCUAGAUGUCAAACUUUAAUCAUAUGGACCGAUUGUGAUCGUGAAGGAGAAAAUAUUGGAUAUGAAAUUAUCGAUCUAUGUCAAGCAGUCAAACCUGGUAUAAAAGUUUAUCGAGCGCGCUUUUCAGAAAUUACUUACAGCAGUGCAGCUCGAGCGCUAUCGAAUUUAAUUCAACCGGAUAGACGUAUCAGUGCUGCUGUUGACGUUCGUCAAGAACUAGAUUUACGUAUUGGUGCAGCAUUUACACGCUUUCAAACCUUACGUUUGCAACGUUUAUUUGGCUUCGAUUCUAAGCAAGUGAUCAGUUAUGGUUCAUGUCAAUUCCCAACCUUAGGUUUUAUUGUUGAACGCUAUCUCCAACGCGAGAAUUUUAUUCGAGAACCAUUUUGGAAAAUUGCUGUCGAGCAUCAAACAGAAAGUGGCGAAUUUUGCGAAUUUACAUGGGAACGCGUUCGUUUAUUCGAACAUCAACCGUGCUUAAUGAUCUAUGAUAUGAUUAUGGAUGAACCAUUAGCCAAAGUAAUGGAUAUUAAAUCGAAGAAUAAAUCCAAGUGGCGACCUGCUGCACUUGAUACAGUGGAAAUGGAAAAAUUAGCAAGUCGAAAAUUACGUAUGACGGGUAAGAAGACAAUGGAAGUGGCGGAGAAAUUGUAUAUGAAGGGUUUAAUCAGUUAUCCACGUACGGAAACGAACAUCUUUCCCAAUGAGAUUAAUCUUAAUCCAUUGAUUCAAAAUCAAGUCGGUGAUCAACGUUGGGGCGCUUUUGCUCAACGUGUACUUAACGAUGGACCGCAUCCAAGAAAUGGAAAGAACUCUGAUAAAGCCCAUCCACCGAUCCAUCCAACACGUUAUCCUGAUGGCCAAUUAACGGAAGAUGAGAAUAAAUUAUACGAACUAGUUGUUCGACAUUUUCUGGCUUGUGUUUCGAAAGAUGCUCAAGGCGACGAAACAACGAUCAAAAUCGAAAUUGCCAACGAGAAAUUCAAUGCAUCUGGCUUGAUUAUUCGCGAGAAAAACUAUCUCGAGGUAUAUAUUUAUGACAAAUGGUCUGAGAAAUCGUUGCCACUCUAUGAUUUAAAUCAAACAUUUUAUCCGACGAAAAUUGAAAUGGUCCAAGGCGAAACAACACCGCCGCAAUUGCUAACCGAGGCAGAUUUAAUUGCUUUGAUGGAAAAACAUGGCAUAGGUACUGAUGCAACACAUGCAGAGCAUAUUGCUAAAAUUCAAGAACGUGUGUAUACAAAAAUGAAUUCCGAGCGAAGAUUCGAACCGGAAAAGUUAGGGCUUGGCCUAUGCGAAGGUUACGACAAGAUGGGUCAUGCAUUGUCAAAACCUUUUCUUCGUGCAGAACUUGAAAGUCAACUGAAAGCAAUAUGUGAGGGAACAGCGCAACCGGCAGCGGUACUUCGAGAACAGAUCGAUAAAUAUCGACAAGUCUUCAUUGUCACUGCAGCACAAAUUCAAAAACUUGAUGAUGCAAUGACGAAAUACUUUGGCGCACCAGGACAAAACCCUCCACCUCCUCCUCCGCCACCUCGUCCACCCUCCUCUGGUCCAUUUGGUGAUCGCACUAAUCGAAACCAACCACCAAAUGGAAGAGCCAAUGCACCACAAAACCGACAACCGCAAGCUUCACGUGUCCCUAACAAUAAUAACAAUCCUCCAUUCAGACCACAACAGCAACAACAACCUACCCGUCCUGCUAGACCAUUGCAACAAGAACAAAUACGUCCGACGAAUAGUAGUGGAAUACCAAAAUGUAAUUGUAAUACUGAUGCUAAAGAAUUGACCGUGAAGAAAGAUGGUCCCAACAGAGGCCGGUCUUUUUUCCGUUGUGGUAACAACGAUAAUUGUAAUUUUUUUGCUUGGAAAGAUGAAUCAACAACAACAGCAACAACAACAUUUCAAACCGGUGGUAAUACUUAUCGACAAGGUGGAAAUCACCAAUCUACUUCAUCUCGUAAACGGCGAAGUUCAGAUAAUGACGAAGAUGGAAAACAACGAAAAUGCGGUCUCUGCAAAGAGACAGGUCAUACACGCCGGAAUUGUCCAUCACUGAAUUCUUUUCUAUAA